AUGGAGAAAAAGUUUUAUUGCAUUCUUGCAUAUGCAUUCCUCACCAUAACCUUUCAAACACCUUGUAUAGCCAAAAUGAGCCUUGCCACUGAUCAAACUGCUCUUCUUUCAUUAAAGCAAAACAUCAUCUUUGACCCUUCUCAUACACUUGCAGCAAAUUGGACUAAUUCGAGCUCCGUCUGCAGCUGGAUUGGCGUGUCUUGCAGCUUGCGUCACCAUAGAGUAGCUGCAUUGAAUCUCUCUUACAUGAAUCUCUCCGGCAGCAUUCCACCACAACUCGGGCAGCUAUCCUUCCUCGCCUCCCUCGACCUCACCAGCAACCUCUUCAGUGGAGCGUUGCCUCACGAGCUGUCUUUCCUUCACAGGUUGAAGUUCAUGUCUCUCCGACUUAACAACUUCACAGGAGAGAUUCCUCCUAUAUUUGGUCAUCUACCACAGCUAGAGUACUUGAAUUUACGCAACAACAGCUUUGUAGGUUCCAUCCCAAAAUCCCUCUCAAAUCUAACAAGCCUGGAAUUCCUCAACCUAAAUUACAAUUCUCUAAGUGGAGAAAUUCCAAAAGAGUUAGGCAGACUUGAAAAUCUAGAUUCUCUGUAUAUUAGUUGGAAUCGUCUCUCCGGGGCUAUACCAUGGGCGAUAUUCAACCUGUCGAAGCUGGUGUCUAUAGGGUUCACAGGGAAUGAAUUGAGUGGAAGUCUUCCAACAGAUAUGUGCACCAAUCUUCCAUUUCUU